AUGGGGUCCCAUAUCAUAGACAUUCUCCUGCAGGGAAUAUGGGCCUCUCUGACUGGGGGAUGGUUUUUUGAUCCAAAUCUUGGAAUAUUUUGCAACACAUUUCAUUUCUAUUUAUGGAUGUUUCUUCUGGCCUUUCCAUUGAUUAUACAUUUAACAUUAGAAUCAUCAAUAGGAAUAUGGGCUAUUUAUUGUGGUGUUGUAGCUGUGUUGUUCUCUGUUUUAAAAUUUGUAAAUUAUCAUCUUCAUCGUAUGUAUGAUACUGGGGAGUUGAUACAG